UCAUCAUCAUCCCCUGAAUCAGCGGGUGCUCCUCGAGAAGAGCGCGCGUCGAAGCCACGAGCGCAGAGAAGAAGCAGACUGAGCAGUCGACCAGGUCGCCAUGUCUUCCGGGUUUCCCAGGCGCCCAAUGACGACCGGUUCAGACUCGCCGUCCCAAAGCAGCGAUGGGUCUGAAAUCAACGCCAACCAAACCGGCGUGAGGGGUGACGACACGGAUUCCUCGUUGAAUGUCCUGCUCACUGACGUCAAGCAUCUGCGACAACCGAAGGUGCCGCGAGACUCGACCGCCGAGAAAGGCACCGUGUCCGCCGUUAAGCGCGUGGUCACAGAUGCCGCCAAAGGUACCGCUAAGGCAGGCGACGCCACGGCCAUCGUCGCUCCCCGAACACCUUCUGUCGGGUCGGCCAUGAAGAGCUCACUGGACUACAGCACGGAGAGUACAACCAUGGAUCGUGCCGUCAGACCUGCGGAACAGAACCUCGCUAGUCUCUGGCACCGACCGCUAGACAAGCGAAGCGGCCGUAAAGGGGGCGAGAAACCGGGCUACGACGACGAGGAAGGGAUGGUGGCGACGCCCCCUGGCGGCGGAGGUCGCGGCGCGACGGGACGAGCGAGACCGACGCUGCGUCCAAAAGCUGUUGCCUCACCGGUGAUGCGCGCCCCUGCACCGCCUCCUGUUGUCUCACCACCCGCAGCGGUCAGGCCGCGACUUCUCCUCUCCAAAAAGGGCCUCGUCAGGACAGUACCAGCCAAGCCCGCGCUGAAAACUGGCACUACCGUUGAGCCCGCAUCUGCACAACCGAUGGCCAGCGGAGCAGAAGUCACUGCGAAACAGCCGCCAGGUUCGGGGAUGACGGACGCCCGCAGGCGAUAUUCCGUCGCUGCAUCUCCAGAAUCUCCCGAACAGCGGAGGAGACCUUCAGGUUGGGUUGCCGGAGCACGCAGAAAAUCGGUAGUCUCUGAUGCUUUGGCUGCUGGCUCAGGACGGAGACCUUUGUCUGUCGGCUUUCGACGGUCGCUGGAAGACACGUCGAGCAGUGACAACGAUGAAGAGACGUCUUCGUCCUCGCCAACUCUCGAAGACACUGCUACACCUCCAGUUCUUCCGUUGAUGAGGCGUCCACCGGCAGAUCUCAAGCCACCCACCGAAGUUAAGCGCCCGUCGGUAACUGUAAAGCCGCCCACCGCAGUUACUGCACCUGUUGCGGUGCCGGCUGCAACGUCGAAGCCGCCGGAAGCGACUGCUGCUGUGACGUCGUCGGCUGAACCGGAAAAGAUUGCUGCGGCAGAAAAGGUGCCACUGGCACCACUGGCAGUGUCUGCAAUGCCGGCAGCAUUGACAACGCCGGCAGUAUUGACAACGCCGGCAGUAUUGACAACGCCGGCAGCAUUGACAACGCCGGCAGCAUUGACAACGCCGGCAGCAUUGACAACACCGGCAGCAUUGACAACACCGGCAGCAUUGACAACGCCGGCAGCAUUGACAACGCCGGCAGCUUUGGCAACGCCGUCAGCGCUGACAGCACCGGUACCAUUGGCAACACCGAUAACAUCAGCAACGCCGGCACCACUGGCGCCACCGGUUCCACAAGCACAGCCGCCACCGAGCGCCACCGUUACUAAGCCCGUUGUAGCUCAAAAGCUUGACUCUAAAAAGACUGAAAAUGCCCUUGUCCCUGCACCAAAGAGUACCUGGUGGACAGCGUUGGCGCAUCCUUUCUCUCUGCCGGUCACCAACGAAGAGGCUCCUGUGCCGGCUCAUGCGCGGCGCUACUCCAUGGCUCCCGCCGAGAAUCAGCGCGCGCAGGCUCGCUCCAACGUUAGAAUGAAGCGCGUGCCGCACAUCACAGAGGAGCUGAAGGAUUUUGCCGCACUCUUUGGCGGCGCGGGCGGCUUCACUGGAGCCCCAGGAGGGCAGACGGCCGCAGGACCUUCGGCAGCAGGGAACGUCAACAGGGGCGCACCGCAGCACAACGAGAUGAUCGAGGACAUCCUGGAUUACGAGUACGAACCCCGACUGCAACAGAGCUUCGAGAGCGAUGCGACUGACCUGGUAGCCCACCGGAGGCGCCGCAAGUUCGGUUUUGUUGGCCUCUGCGGCAGGUGCUUCGUGCUGUUCUCCUUGAUCUCCGCAGCAUGUGGUCUGCUGUUCUUCACUUUCCACCUUGGACAGACCCUGUCCAAGAACUUCGCGACGCCGGGCACGAAGCUGUCCACCACAGGCGCCACCUCGAAAACAACUGCGCCUUCGAGUGUUGUCACCAGCCCUAUUUCCACUUCGUCGACGGAAAAGACAACUGAAGCCACCACUACUAGUACCACAACGGUUUUGCCCUCCGCAGAGGAACUGUACGACGACCCGGCGGAUCGGGCCCCGACCUGCGAACUAAUGAAUUACCCGAAUCCAAUACCAACUACACCUGUAGUGAACACCACCUACAUGUGGUACAAAGAUAGCAACAGAACACAGUACCGGAAGCUGCUCUGCGUCAUCGACAGCAGGUACUUCUCGUCAAGGCGUCCGUAUAUUGUGGAACUCCUGCCCACAGCGCAUUGCUCGGAGCUGAUUCUCUACGCCUUGUACGUGAACAAUGCAAGCAAUUACAAAGUGCACUUUAAGCGUGGCUCCAUCGACGUGGACUUCAUCCAAGCGCUCAGAAGCAUAACAAAAACACGCGCACAUCGCGGCGAGCCGAUCCGAAUUCACUACACUCUUGGCGGGGCGCCCGAAGAUUCGCCUAACUUCGUGGAGAUGCUGGCCAAACACGAACUUCGUGACGGGGUCAUCGAGGACCUGCUCAACGCCAGUAGACUUAUCGACGGCGUGAACAUCCACUGGGACCGUCCAGGCGGCGUGUGCGACCAGGAGUUCACACCCGCCUAUUUCCGCGCCUUUGUCGAGGCGUUGUACUUGAGGAACAUGAGACUGAUCCUCACGGUGCCGCCAGUGCUAGAGCUGGUACGCAAGUUCUGGCUCAUCAGCAUAACGCGCUACAUGGACUAUGUCAUCGUCACGACGCACAAACUUCGUCGAAAGGGAGUGCUGGACUGCUCUGGAAGGCGAGAGUUCGCGGUGGCUUCGUACCUAGCCAUCCGUGACCACGUCUUGCAAGAGACGGCCAAUCCCUUCCAGGCAGCGAAGGUGGUCUACUCCAUUGCCCUGGGCGCUGACGUGUUCCGGGCCACUUUGCCCCUGAGCUCCCCCCGGCUGCUGGAUGCCGGCACGCCGUCCAGCGUCUUCGACGGCCCCACGGUGCAGACGAACAAGACCAGCUACGACCACGUGUGCCGCAUGCCCAAGGGUGUCUUCGACGGCGACAGCGAGUGCGCCUACGCCAUCCGGCAGCAGAGCACCGGCGGCACCGAGCUCGCCUUGUACGCGGGCCCCGAGGAACUGGCUGCGCGCAUGCGCAACUCGUACGCCAGCAAGAUGGGCGACACGACGGUUGCCGUGUACGACUUGUUUUUGGACGACUUCGGCGGCAACUGCGCUUAUGCCGGAGGGUCGACUGCGACCACUUCACCCCUGGUGGUUGCCAUCGCUGAGACGGGACUGUAA